UUUGUCCCCUCCACGCCCAAAUUUUGCGGAUUUUGCAUUUCAUCGUCACACAUCUGUUUUACUUAGAUCGCACUCAACAGUAGCAAUGUCCUCCAACACUUCAGCUUCUCCACCCCCUAUUGAGACUCUUCCUGCCUCUUCUUCCAAAACCAAGAAGACAGCGGCAAAGAAACCUGCAUCCAAGAAGGCUCCCACAAAAGCUGCUCCAAAGGUCGCCUCCCACCCUUCUUGGAAAGAUAUCAUCAAGGCGUGCAUCACUGCUCACAAGGAGGACGCUCGUAGUGGCGUAUCAAGAGCAACUAUUAAGAAGUUUGCCGAGGAAACCUACCGCCUCGAGGUAUCUGGUACAAACUUGUACCAGCUCAACCGUGCUAUCGCAUCCGGAGUCACGGCGGGCGUCUUUGCCUUACCAAAGGGUCCUUCUGGCAAAGUCAAACUCGCACCUAAAAAGAAGGCAUCUGAUGAUGAGAAUUCAAAGCCUGUACCUGUAAAGAAGGCAGUUGUGAAGCCUGCGGCAAAGCCUGCUUCAAAGAAGGCCCCUGCUCCAGUCAAGAAGUCCGAUGCUCCAGCCAAGAAGAUUGCCACGAAGAAGCCCACCGCCGCAUCCAAGGCGAAGAAGCCUGCCUCACAGAAGACCGCCCCAGCUGCCACCAAGAAAGCCGCCACCGCAGCAGCACCGAAGAAGCCUGCCCCAAAGAAGGCUACCGCCGGUGCUCCUACCAAGAAACCCGCCGCGAAAUCAGCUGCACCUGCUAAAAAGGCAUCCAGCGCGAAGACGUCAGAGAAGAAGAAGGUUGCAGCCAAGGCUGCAGCUACCAAGGCCGCCAAGAAGCCUACCUCGAAAGCAAAGCCAACUUCAUCACGAACCAGAAAGGUUUCUGCUUAAUGAUAUCCUGUACCACAUUGUCUAGACUCGGUUUCUUUUCCAUCUGGUGUGACAUUAGCGUGCUCCUGUAUUUUUGAUACCUACUUUAUUCGUGUACAACUACUAGUAUUGCAUAUCAUUUCAUUGAGACUAGUGACAACUCACUUGAGUUACAAUUUCCUUGCUGAAGCCAGAUUAAAGGGGUAGUAUUCACUAGUGAUAGUCAGGCUCAUAGUUAGUAUAUGCCCUCUGGUCUCUAGAUGCGAUCUGUAACCUUAGCGUGAAGAUCAAUCAAAACUGUUCAUUGGUCAA